AUGUCUCAGACUUCAGCCUUCCGCGACCUCACCCCAAGCUUCUUCUUCCUACUUCUUGCUGCUACUAUCGGUCCGUUGCUCUUCGGAUACCAUCUGGCCGAACUCAAUGAGCCGCAGGAGGUCAUUACCUGCGCUGCCGCCAAGUCCACUGCAACAACUAAUGGUUUCGUCGCUGCCGCCCGAGCAGCGAACGCCGGGCCAUUUCCGCAAUGCAUUCCUAUGUCAAGUCUGGAGUUUGGCCUUGUGACCUCCUUCUUCACCCUCGGUGGGCUGAUAGGCGCCUUGUCCGGCGGGCCAAUCACGACCAAGUAUGGCCGGUUGAUUAGCAUGAUUGUCGCCGCCAUUCUGGCCGCGAUAGGUCCAGUCUUCGAGGCGCUGGCUACCAACCUUACGCUCUUCAUCAUUGGCCGCUUCAUUGCAGGAUUAGGUGCUGGAGCCGCAACUGUCAUUGUUCCCAUCUACAUCUCGGAGAUUGCACCUCCGCAUCAAAAAGGGUUGUUCGGCGCAGCGACGCAAGUUAUGAUCAAUGUGGGCAUCCUGAUCACCCAGUUACUUGGCCUCUUCUUGUCCAAAGGGCAGCUGUGGCGGAUCAUUCUGGGUGUCGGCGGUGGCAUUGCAGCGCUUCAGGCCGUAGCACUGUUCAUGGCGGGCCAAGAGAGCCCAAAGUGGCUGGCCGACAACGGCAAGCCUGCCCGCGCCAAGCGUGUACUUCGCAAGAUCCGCGGGCAUGAGGCGAACAUUGACGAGGAGGUGUCAGGCUGGGGCUUGGAGUCUGAGCGCGACAUGGAGGACGAAGAGGAGACGUUGUUAGCUAACGAAGACCACAUGCAUGACCACCCAGCUGAUUCAGAAGGUGCUCAUCCCGAUGUCGGUCAAGACGGGCAGGGUGAUGAUCAGUCAAAGACAGCCCAAGCAGGCAACGCAGCAAAACGUGGUGCCGAGACACUGGGCUUCCUCGCCGUGCUGCAGAACGCGGACGUUCGACCCGCUGUCAUCGCUGUUGUAACCGUCAUGGUGGCGCAACAGCUUUGCGGCAUUAACAGCAUUGUCAUGUACGGCGUGUCGCUCCUCUCAGAUCUCCUAGAGGCAAACGCGGCGCUCUUGAACGUCUUGGUGGCUGCGCUGAACGUCAUAGUCACCACCUCAGCUGCACCCCUGGUCGACAAACUUGGCCGCAAAACCUGCCUACUGAUAUCCAUUGCUGGUAUGGGUAUCAAUAGUGUCCUUCUGGCCAUCGGUAUCAUGAAAUCGAUAUCCAUCUUGUCCGCCAUUGCCGUACUGCUCUUCGUGGCAUCUUUCGGACUUGGCCUCGGUCCGGUGCCCUUCAUCUUGUCCUCAGAGCUGGUGGGCGCGGAAGCAGUGGGUGCCACGCAAUCUUGGGCGCUUGCUGCUAAUUGGAUCGCUACGUUCAUCGUGGCACAGUUCUUUCCCAUUGUCAAUGAGAAACUGGGCAAAGGCCAGGUGUACUUCAUCUUCGCAGCGUUUGCGCUUGUGUUUGGCGCGUUCACGGCAUGGUGGGUUCCGGAGACGCUUGGCAAGCGUGAUGCUGAGGAGGUGUGGGGACGCAAGAAGGACAGGAGUAGGGAGGACUGA